AGAUACCUCAGUCAGUGUCAUCACCGAACUGAUGUACCAGGUUUCCCUGGGCAUGGCCUAUCUUGAGUCCUGCAAAUUCGUCCAUCGCGACCUUGCCGCUCGAAAUGUCCUCCUUGCUGCCAGCGCUGGUAAAUGGCCCCUCAAAUGGUACGCUCCCGAAUGCAUCUACUACUUCCGCUUCGAUUCGAAAUCCGACGUGUGGAGCUAUGGCAUUACCCUCUGGGAGGUAUUCUCGUUUGGAGAACGCCCUUACAAGGUAGUAGCAUAUUGCAAUCUGUGUGUGUUUGUUCAUUUGUCUGCUAGCCUAUGCGCAGCUCACGUCAUGCCUAAUUUUUACGGUUUAAUGCUUCUGUUAUGA